AUCAACAGCCGCGACAGACUAGACCAUCCUUGUUCGUGUAUCUACCUAUGCUGCACAACAUACCUAUAGGAAGACGCGGCGAAAGAGAAACAGGGGACCUCCGCAGACGGACAAGAUGGUGGGUAUUCAUCAAUUUCCUCUCGUAACUCUCGCACCACCUCCGCAAGCCGCAUGGCCGAGCCCCACGAAUACAUUCCGGCCUGGCGCCACCGCGGGAAAACGUCUAUAGCGAGAGUCGCAGACAUACCCAUCGCCGCCGUAGCCAUCAUCACCGUCGCCGCCGCCGCCAUCAUCGUCAGUCCCGUCGGUCUCGUACGGCCCGUCGGAAUCCGUGCCGGAAUCGUCGUCGUCGGCGCCGCCGCCGGCGGGGCGCAGAAGGCUCUAGAGCCAGCGCAGCCGGCGGGCGACCAGCCGCACGCAGUAGCGCGCGGCGCGGAAGGCGACGUAGGCGGCGAUCAGCAGCGGGGAGGCGGCGGUGAGGACGACGCACGCGGCCAGGACCGGGGCAGCGCGCAGGAACAGCCGCGCCAGCCCCCAGUGCAGGCGCAGCACGAUCAUCGGGUCUUCGCCCUCGGCCAGGACGCCGAGGAGCAAGGCGGUGACGAAAGCGGCCCACGAGAGGGCGAAGGACAGCACCGAGGUGACGACGUCCUGCGGCACGGCGGCCGCUAAGUCGGCGAUGAUGUUGACCGUCUGGUUCACGUAGCCGGCGAUCACGUUGGCCGUCUCAUUUACGUAGCCGAUUAGCACGGCGAGCUCGUCGUUGUUGGCCAUUGUGGAGCUGCGAGUACGUGAGAUUG